AUGGGCCCCUCGCCAGGAAGUCCAAAGGUACGACCGGCGCGAAGAGGUUGGUGUCUUUUUAUUCUGAAAGACUCCUCCGGUUCAGCAUCUGCCUCCGCCGCCACACAAACGAGUCGUCGAAGUGCAUAAGAAACAAAACUUCAACGACUACGACGCCUACGAGAGCUACGGUCAUGACGACUACACUAAUGAAUAUGCAAACGGUGGUCCGUGAAAAGCUGGAUUCCAGAAGCAUCCGCGAAGAGUUUCAGGCUACAGCGACGAUUUCGACGAAGAGGAGCACUGGCGUCGGCAACAACAAAACGAUGUCUACGAUUCGGUUCCCCUGUCUAACGUCAGAGGCGUCGCCAGGGUCCAGGUGUCUGCCGUCGAGCCGAUGGUGCAGUCGCCUCCGCAGAACAUACCCCAGGCGCCGCCUCUUCCUCGCUCCGACAGCAGCUAUAACCAAGGAACCAUCGGUUAGCUGAACUCUCCAUUUUUCAAAUAAAAUGGGAUGUUUAAGAUCGCCAGCUCAAAUAUUCGAGCGCAAGAAAAGAAGAAAGACGCGAAAGCGUCGAACUUAAGCAUGAGCCGAAGAGAGAGCACAAGGUCAACGAGAAAAUCGAUAGGUGAUUCUUACAAAUAGGGUUGAUUUUUUGCAGAUUUGAACGUCGAGGAAAAUUCUUUUUAAAGCCCUUCGAUUUGGUAAAUUCCAACUUUUAUUCUCGGCUGUCUUAUCACGAAAAUCACUUAACCUUGCAUACUUUUACAGGCACAACGAAGUUCACAUUCGAUACGAUCCUCAUGCGAGCGCCAUGCACAGCCACAAACAUUCCUUCAUCGACGGUUUCAACUCCUCGCCUCAGGAUGAAAAACCGCCCAAGAAAAAGGUUCCGUCAAAGUUUCCGGAUUAAAAAAGACAUUUUCUGUUCGCAGGAACCUUCCCAAACUGCGGGCGCCAUUCGGGCUAUCAUCAACAAUCUGAAAGGCAACAGUGAGAAGCGUAAGUGUCUGGAUAAAUUGGGGGUCUGGAAACGCUUGCUUCAGAUGAUGACGUGCCACGGGUGAAGGUGUCGACGAAUCCUUUCUUACGAGGUGACGGCCAUCUUGACCGGAUGACGCCAUCCCGGAAAACUCCUGAUAACGGUCUGAAGAACGUCCAGGAAGUCGUGCAGAAGAUGAACAACGGAGACUGGCCGAUCAACAUCGAGGACGAGGACGACCGUGUCUCUGCCGAUCUGGCGAGAGACCGCGACCGGGAGAUCCGCAGGUGGGUCCGAAAACUGUAGCUCCACCUUCAUUUUCUAGAAAAGUUUCUCGAAAAUCUUUUAGAAAAUAAAAAAAAGUAGUCAUAGAAUAUCUUCAUUCAAUUUGACUUUUAGCAGAUGUAAAAAUAGAAAUUUGUACGAAAUGAAAAAUAGAUCAUUGAUCAUCUGGUUCAGUUCAUACAAGUUGAAGCCUUCAGAAUGCCAAAGAUGGACAAAGCGCGCCAGUGGGAGACGUUGCACCGGAAGAAGGAAGAACGACGCGAGCGGAUCCUGCCGCCGACGGAGCUGGAGAAGCGCAACGAGUCUCGUUCAGGCUCCCGUCGCGAGAGCAUCGAAGGCAAGGGGAAAGACGGCCGUCGCUCUCAGGUCGAGGUGGUCCACUGCGGAGAGCCGCCGGACAUCGACAAGCUCUCCGAGAAGAGCGAGGAGCACACCAGCGUCUCCACUGAUUCGGCUCUCUACACUGAAUCCGCCGUUUGUCCGUUGCCUGUUUACAAGGUUAUUUUUUUGAAGUAUUCUUUUGAAAAAUUGAAAAACUGCCAUUUUUGCUAAAAAAAAAUUCUUGAAUAGAAAAGGUUUUUUUUUCUUUUCUGAGUUAACCAAUUUCAAAUUUUCAUAGUGUCCGAGCGACUUCAUGAAGCCUUCCGAAUCGAAAGAAGUGAAGAUGGAGGCCGAUAAGCUUCUACUUUACUUCAAGUCUCAUCGCGCAAUUCUCAAUUAUCUUGGUUCGUUUAUAGUCUGCUCGAAGGUCCUUGGAAAGCUGUUCAGAGGAGCACAGAUAAAGAAUCGAAGAGCCGUUAGAGUGUACUGUGGCUUUAAAUUACAAGAUAAUAUAGAAGACAGAAUAUAUUUCUUUCAAUCAACUUCAUUAUUAAAUGUUUCCUUGUUUCAUGAAUCGGACUUUGCGAAUCCCUCUGGAAACACAUCCAGUCGCUUCCCACCUAUCACACUUCCAUCAACGUCGUCGUUCCCGUGAGCUAGACCUCCUUUCUCGCAACCAUCCAGAUGAUUCUAAAAGGGUGAUCUUGUUCCAGGACCUUCCCGGCUCCCGUCCUCACAAGCAGCACGAACAAAUCGGCCCGAAAAUAACUGUCAAUGGCGGACCUGUCUCUCACAAUAACCUCAAAGUAAUAAAUUCGAUCAAAACCGAAGAAAUUGAAUUGAUUUUUUCUCAAUUUCAGUCGCCGCUAAGCCGAGAAGAAGUGCGCUCUCCGCACCGCUCUGCUCAGGUUAUCCAUUCUCCAGCCCGAAUUUUCGGAUAAAAACAAAAGGAAAAUUGGUGAAGGGUGUUGGUAUGGCUCCAUUGCUCCUUUCGUCUGUCCUUUCGGAAAAAAAAAGUAAAUUCUAUUGAAUGAUCAGUGUUAAUAAAAUUUUAUGUCGGAUCGAGCAAUGGAGUUCUAUCGAAUGCAAACACAUGAAGCAAGGCACAAAGAUAUUAGUGAAAAAAAGAUGAAUGAACUUUCAAAUUUGUUAUGCAAUUUUCGAUUCGAAGAGCGGGCGGAAGCUUUCGAAUUUUUUCUAUUCAACCGCCGUCGGUUUUUCCAAGAACUCUAACUUCUGAAAGUACUGUUUUUUUUUUUCGUGUGAAAACCUGUAGAAAAGGGGCUUCAAAAUCUUCAAAUUUUUGAAAUUUGAACAGAUUGGAACAAACUACAAACUACAAAAUUUUGAAAUGAUCUGAAUGAACGCUCUAUUCUAUUCAAACCGAAACUUUCAGAGCGCUGUGCUGAAAGAAGAACUCAAAACUGACGAUAUACAAGGUUAUGAAGUGACGAAAAUAGAGGUGGAAAAUAAAGCGAGCCCACGGAACGCCUCCAAAGAAAAGUGCAAAAAAAAAUGGAAAAUAAAAUGAAAGAAAAUACGAUAUAGAGGCGGCCGGUUCGUCAAGAAGUCAGCGGCAGCCCUAAUCGCCAAAAAACAAGGAAUUUCCGCGUCUAAUGACGAGUCUCCGGUGGGUUGAUCGGUGUUGAAAGUUUUAAAAAAAUCAGAAAAAAAAAAUUGAUUAGGACAGUUAAAAAAUUAUUUAAAACACACUUUAUGAACCAGAAAAAAAUCUGAAUUUAUGAUUGACACUUUCCGCUUAUAAUUUGAUUUAAUGCUUCUGAGAAUUUUUUUAAAAAUUGAUAUAUUUUAUUAUUAACGACUAAUAAUAGUCAGAAAAAAUAGCGGAUCUGAAAGGGUUUCAGAACUCAGCGGAUUUCAUUGACCCCAGGAUCGCUGCCGAGAUCCGUUCUUUGAAAGAGCGCGAGGAAGAAUUGAAGAAAAGCCGUACAGAACUUGGACUGCCCACGAUAGAUGACGUCAUCGACACGUGGAAGGGAAGGUGACCUAGAAUAAUACUCUGUAAGAAGAUGAAGUUGUCUGUAGAAGACCUACCGGCAUCCGGAGCGCUCAGUCGUUGGAUCAUCUGAAUCGGCUCGGAGGACAGAGUUCGCCGUUGGAGAGGAGCCACUCUUCCUACAACGUCUACGUCGAAGUGAUUUCCAUUUCGAAAAUGUGGAACGUACAGUUUGUUUAGAAUGCAGCGGCCAAAGAUGUGGAACAACGACCUGACGACGGCUACUACAGUUAUGCUCAUCGGAACGUUGCGCCACCCACCAAUUAUGGAUCCGAGCCAAGAAGCUCUCGACCGAAUCCGCGGAAUGAAACUCCACAUAAUCGCCGUCCCCAAGAAGGUCUCUUUAUGCGGAAAUUCCCCACAGAAACUGUUUUGCAGUUCGUCCCAAUGACCAGAGAAGGACUUACCAGAUGAGCAGCAACACACGGCAAGCUUUACUUUACUGUUUUUGAAUCACUUAUUUCAGAGAUAGAGAAUUUUUUCGUGAAUCGUCCGACGCUGAGACGCCACGCUCCUAUAUUCCGAAAUCCAAGUGAGUUUUAAAGUUUAUUCGUGUCGACCUCAAAGAGUGUGGGGGAAUAUAGAAAAGUUUCAAAUUGUACAUAUGUUUUAUGCAAUAAGUUUGAAGAAAAACCUUUUCUAAAGUUGCUAUUCUGAGUCAAAUUAAGCAAUACUUCGUUCGAUCCGAGUCCCCGUCAAGCGGUCAACGGCGGUGCGCGUGUGGGCAUCCUCUCGGUCGUUCCUUCGCCCAGGCAAGAGUCUUUCUUCACUGGGACAGCGAGAAAAUCGGCAUUUCAGGCCGAAUGAAGCAGGACCCCACAGCGGCGCCCGCAAGACGGCCUCCGGCAGUCAGUUCAAGAUUGGCCUAUAGAAGAUCGACGAGUCGGCUCACUCGCCAGAAGUCGACCCGCUUGUACCGAGGUAGUAGCGUCGUUCGGUUCUCCGACUUGGUUACCAGCAUUUUCUGA